AUCUCUUCCCUUCUAACCAUUCUGGGCAGAGUUCAAUAAGAAAAGUAAGGAACAAUCACAGGCUAAAUCUUGCAAGAAAAGCUAAUCAAGCUGAUCAUUUACAAAAUAUACAAACUCAAUUCAUCAUCAUUCAUCAGAAAACAGUAUUUUGUUUCAUCGAUGGCAAAUAUUGUGAAGGAAGAUGGAGGAAAUGCAGAGAAGAAAAGCUCUUCUAAUAUUAUAUAUGAAGAGCUUAAACCCUUAUCUGAUUGGGCAGAAGACGCAGAUUGCCACUGUUUGCUCGUUGAUCUUCCAGGGUUCAACAAGGAACAGGUGAGGGUUCAAGCUGAUCAUAAAUCAUACCACGUGAAAAUUAGUGGAGAAAGGAAAGAGAGAGAAAAUAAAUACAUUCGUUUCGAGCAAUCUUAUAAGGUGCCAGAGAAUUCAAUUAUUGAAGAAACCAGUGCAAAGUUCGAAGACGAAAUCCUAUAUGUAAUAAUUCCACUGAAAACAAGAGAAUCAAAGGAAGGCCACGGUAUCUCGAGUUCAUCCAAUGAUGACGAAGAUGAUAGUCAGAACUUCGAGUCAAGUUGGGAUACUGAAGAUUUACAUGAACACAACGAUCAGUCUAAAGACAAUGACGAGGGCAGUAGCUACAACUCUGAGAAUAAACGAGUACUCGAAGAAGAAGAAUUUCAUGACACAAAAAUGGAAACACAGAAAUACGAAGGCAAACUAUUGGAAGAAGUAAAAAAGAGGCUAAUGAAGAACAAAAAGACUAUAUUAACAGCUGUUUUAGCAUUUAGUCUGGGUAUCUUAUUCUCUCAGAAAUUGCAGUCAAAUGGACAAAGAAUGAGCUUUGAAUAAUUAGCGUUUACAUCGCUUAUUAUUGCUAUAAUAUCUAAAUUGUACUUCACAGCCUAUAUUAAAUUCUGUCACAUGUAUGGAAGAAAUAAUAUUUAUGUACAUUAUGCGACAAGAAUAGAUUUAGCAAACAGGUAAUAAACGGAAGUACAAAUAAAGCUUGCUUCGAUUAGAAUA